AUGCGGCACAACUACAAUAUCUACAAGUACAGCUACACCGUCGACAUCAUUAGAACAUUCUACUACAGGUGUAGUAACAGACUCUACCACAGAACUAUCUACAUCAUCAACGGAUUCCACCACAGAAGCAUCUACAUCAACAGAUUCUACUACAGAACUAUCUACAUCAUCAACGGAUUCCACCACAGAAGCAUCUACAUCAACAGAUUCUACUACAGAACUAUCUACAUCAACAGGUUCCACCACAAAACAUCUACAUCAACAGAUUCCACCACAGAACUAUCUACAUCAACAGGUUCUACUACAGAAGCAUCUACAUCAACAGGUUCUACCACAGAAGCAUCUACAUCAACAGAUUCUACAACAGGGCCAACCACAUCAACAGAUUCUACAACAGAUUCUACAACAGGGCCAACCACAUCAACAGACUCUACAACAGAUUCUACAACAGGGCCAACCACAUCAACAGAUUCUACAACAGGGCCAACCACAUCAACAGAUUCUACAACAGAUUCUACAACAGGGCCAACCACAUUAUCAACAGAUUCUACAACAGGGCCAACCACAUUAUCAACAGAUUCUACAACAGGGCCAACCACAUCAUCAACAGAUUCUACAACAGAUUCUAUAACAGGGUCAACCACAUUAUCAACAGACUCUACAACAGGGCCAACCACAUUAUCAACAGAUUCUACAACAGAUUCUAUAACAGGGUCAACCACAUUAUCAACAGACUCUACAACAGGGCCAACCACAUUAUCAACAGAUUCUACAACAGAGCCAACCACAUCAUCAACAGAUUCUACCACAGAGUCAACCACAUCAUUAACCAAUUCUACCCCAUAAUAUUUUUUAUUAUCAACUGAUACGACCACAAAGCUAUCUUCAUCAUCAACAUACACAACGACAUUUUGAACUGAUUCUACUACAGAGUCAUCGACGUUAUUUAAACUAUGGACACCAUUAUCUAAUUUUGCUACAGAUUCAUCUCAUUCAUCAACUGAUUUACUGUUUAAUCUACAAAGCUUCUAUAUUAACGGAAAAUAACACAUUCACAUUAACAUUGUGAACUCUUUGAAUAAUACUAUCCUCGGCAUCGACAUGUUCUUUCGCACAAUCAUCGACAUCAUCAACAAAUCUUACCUUGGAGGUAUCUACAUCCUGAACAGACUCGAACACAAAGUUUUCAGCAGUCUGAUACACAGAUUGCAGUUGCAGCAGCCUGUAUGCAACAUUGCUGAGAGAAAUAGAAAAGGUCGGGUACGACCAAAAAAAAAAUAAAUAAAAAAAAAAAUAAAUAAAAAAAAAACAAUUCAAAUAAAAAGGUAUGUAAAUAAAAUUGACAAAUGCACUUUCAAUAAAAGUGUAACACUCAAAACCCUUUUUUAAAUAUCUAAGCUGUCAAUCAAGGGCAAUACCUCAUCGUUUUUAGCACUUGUCUGAAUUGUGGUUACUUGUGAUAGUUGACUUUUUCUUACAAAAUAACAUUUACCACAUUUUUUUAUGACUUAUUUCUAGGCAGAGAUAUAUUUUAUGUCAUUGCAACAUAUAUGUUAUUAAUUUUGUAUCAAAAUUACGAGAGCGUGUGGAGUGGUGCAGUGAGGCUGAGAGAAAUGCGCGCGCAUGUGGUUUUAAGUGAGUUUUGUGCUUCAAUGGUGAAAGUAAGAUUUUCCUCCUGUAAAAAGUAAGAUUUUCCUGGGAGAAUGGAAUAUUCAUACCAGAGAAUAAAAGAGUGGGACAAGGUGGUGUAUCUUUAUCCUUAUAAAUUUGU